AUGGAAAGGUUCCUGCGCUCCUGGCGGCAGGAUGCGCUGAACCGUGGGCAGCAUGAUUCUGCAAUCUACAUUGGGGACAAAGUGCUGGCUCUCACUAAUAGUGAUUCUGACGCGUUUUGGCUGGCGCAAGUACACUUCUCCAAUAACAACUUCACCCGGGCCCUGGCUCUUCUCUCCCGCAAGGAUCUGGUGUCUCGAAGCACCGCGUGUCGCUAUCUUGCUGCACACUGCUACAUAAAACAGAAUCAAUUCGAACAAGCCCUCUCCAUUCUUGGCGAAAAUAAUCCCACAGACCUCAUUCGCAAUAAUCACACUCGUCGCAAGAUCCAACACCAAAGCCAUGUUACGCUGCGUAAUGGGAAGAACGCGACACGCGGUGAUCGAGCGGAGGAGCGAGAACGUGAGGAUGCCAAUAAUGUCCGCUUUGAAGCCGCCAUGUGUUACCUACGGGGACUCUGCUUUGCCAAGCAGAACGCGUUUGAUCGGGCUCGGGACUGUUACAAGGAUGCCGUGCGCAUUGACGUGCAGUGUUUUGAAGCAUUUGACCAACUCAUGAAGAAUUCUUUAAUGUCCCCCACAGAGGAAUUGGAGUUCCUAGAAUCACUGGACUUUGACUCUGUCUCAUCUCCCGAUCCCAUGAUGGCACAAGAAGCCGCCCAUUUUACCAAGAUGCUUUACACCACUCGUCUAUCGAAAUACUCCUCCCCCACCAUACUUUCCGAUGCCACCGAAACCCUAUCCACACACUAUAAUCUUGCAGAGAACCCGGAUAUCCUUUUAUCCCGUGCCGAAGCUCUGUAUACGCAAUGUCGGUUUGCAGAAGCUCUAGAAUUGACGUCCUCUAUCCUUUCCACAUCUCAAUCAACCGACCUGACCUCCACAAAUCCCAGCAUUCCAGCUCAGAAUAACCUUGGCCAUGCCCCUGCCAUAUAUCCGCUCCACUUGGCCUGUCUUUACGAGACCGGUGCUACCAAUGCCCUAUUCCUACUCUCCCACAUGCUCGCAGACCACUCUCCCGAAGAGCCUUACACAUACUUGGCAAUUGGAGUCUACUAUCUCUCAGUGUCAAAGGUAGCUGAGGCGCGGCGCUUCUUCUCAAAGGCCUCACUGCUGGAUCCCCAUUCGGCGCCAGCUUGGAUUGGAUUUGCGCACACCUUUGCCGCAGAGGGUGAGCAUGACCAAGCUAUCGCAGCGUACAGCACUGCUGCUCGACUUUUCCAAGGCAGCCAUCUUCCCCAACUCUUCUUAGGAAUGCAACAUCUCGCCCUGAACAACAUGUCUCUGGCGCAUGAGUAUCUAUGUGCUGCUCACGCUAUGGAUUGUCUCGGCCGUCGGCGGAGACCCCUCGUUUUGAACGAGCUUGGAGUUGUGUUUUACCAUCAGAAUCAUCUUGGGGGCGCCGUCGAAUUAUUUGGACAGGCACUGGCGCUAGCUACAUCUCUCCAUUGUGAACCUAGUGCUUGGGUAGCCACACGGGCGAACCUGGGUCAUGCGUUCCGUCGCAUGGGCCGUCUGCCCGAGUCCCUUCGUGAAUUUGAUGAAUGUCUUCGCGUGGGCGCAGGCGGUAGUAGUAUGGGCUAUUCCCCAUUUUUGGGUGGUGGUACUGGCGGCUCAGCGGCGAUCGCAACCGCAUCGGGAGUUGGGGGCUACGAAGAUCGGGGACUGACAGGUUCUCUCCAUACGUCUCGUGGCCUGGUCUUACUGGAGUUGGGUCGAACCACAGAGGCAGUGACCGCCUUGCAUGAGGCUGUACGUGUACUUGGGGCGAGUGGCGGCGGCGAUGCAGCCGGCGGUGCUGGUGUAGCUGGUACAUUACUUUCACGUGCACUUGAGCUAUGGGCGUUGGAGGGGCGACAAAAGGAUCGCGCAGCAUUUGAAGAGAGUAUGCGGGAAUCUGCUGCAGCUUCUAAGCGGCGGGGAUCUAAUCGGUCUCGUGAACAGAAAGGAAAAGAACGAGCUGCGGCCGAAGAGAUCUCUCGCCAACGCGGACGACAAGAACCCUUUGUCGAAGGAUGGACGGAUGAGGUGGCACAUGUUGCCACACCCCCGGCUGAAGAUGAAAAGGUUGAAAUGGAUCUUGAUCAGGAAGCUGACGGGCUUUUACGCCGAGCUCUUGGCCGUGUACGACACAGUCGACAACGUCGACCAGCCGUAUCUGCCACCUCGGACAUGGAUGCUGAGACGCCUGCUCCAUCCAGUGGUCGCAGCCGGAGGAUACGACAUGGUCGUAGUCAUUCUGGACAAUGA